AUGGAAAACUGGAAGACGGCCUUUCGGAAGGGUAUCUAUCACUACAGAGAAGGAAAGUUUGAAGAAGCGUUAGUGCUUUUCGACGAGGCUAUUAACUCCGGAGAGCCAGAGUCAAUAGUGUACGAUUCAAGGGCAGCGGUGAACGAGAAGCUCGGUAAUAUAAGGGAUGCCUUGCGAGACUCUAAAAGAGUAAUUGAUCUCGCGCCUCAGCGGUGGCAGGGUUAUAGCAGAUCCGCGCGUCUUUUCAUGAGGUUAAACAAGUUUGACCACGCACAACGCAUGGCCCAGCUAGCUCUAGAUCGUGUUGGGAAUGAACCAAAAAGACGCGACAACAUUGAAUCUCUCCUUGAACAAAUUGCGAGCGCAAAUCAGACCUAUAUCUCGAGGACAGCCUGCCACUUCGGGUCGUUGCCUCUAGAAAUUGCGACCAUUAUAUUUUCUUCGGUGGUCGCAGAUGAUCACACACGAGUUAUUGGCCUUGCGCAAGUAUGCAAAGGUUGGCGUAACACGAUCCUCGAAACACCCAACCUGUGGAGCACUCUCGUACUCUCGCACAGACAUCCUGUCAAAAAGGCAAAAGCUUGGAGGAUCAGAUCGAAGGGGAGGCUGCUUGACCUUCGUCUUUGCACCGGCCUAGAGACUGCAUCGUGGGCUCUUGACGAACUUAGGGAUAUGCCACUGGAUACUCUCCGCGCUUUCACUGUGGACGGGUUUCCCACUAGUGAAAUGCAUUCCCGGUUACCAAACCUGACCGCGAGUGUGUUGCGCGACACAGAAUUUAUUGUUGUGCGCGACAGUGUCGAAAGCCGCCCAAUCCCUUGGCUAUGGAGUAUCCCCGAUAUGAGAGUUCGUACGCUCUCUGUCGAACGUUCUCAGUUUGCUUGGGGUAAUGCUGCUCAGAACAUAACACGUCUGGAACAUUUCUCGUUCCAGGGCACGCUGAUCACCACUACGCUCGCGGAUAUCGCAUCGUUUUUACGCGCAAAUCCUGGUCUUCGCACACUCGCUUUCUGGUUCAUGGGUGUCUCUCUAACUGUGACACUUGAGGAUGUGACGCAUAAGGAGAGCAUUAGCCUUCCAUCCCUCACGCAGUUCAGUGUCGACUACUACGACUUCGUCGUUGACUUAAUAUUCCCUCAGCUUUCGCUCUCCACGCUCCAGACGCUCCGCAUUUGUCGGGGCACUCAUCCUCUCGGCGGCGCUUUACAACACUUGGUGAACAGUGGCGCGGCGGGCUCGCUAACAGAGCUCAAGAUACAGCGAUGCGCGAUUACGGCGGAAAGCGUGAUCAAUGUUUUGCGUUCAGCGCCGUUAUUAGAGGUUCUUCAGCUGGAACAUGUUGGUGACGAGGCCAAUAAGGUGCUCGAGACCCUUGCAAAGUCUACGGUUACAUCUUCCUCCAUCCAACAGACACAGCAGGUCAAGAAUGGCGCAGUACAAGCAUCUAUCAACCGAUCCACAAUAUUGUGUCCUCUAUUAAAGCAUUUGGAUUUCUCCUAUUGUCCUGAUAUCAAGAGUGGGCCACUUAUUGAGCUCGUGAAGACGCGAAUUCCUGCUUCUGCAACGGAUUCCUCUCCCGAAGCUGAUGAGGAUGUCACGGCCUUACGGACAAGUGUACCAACAGCACAGAUUGAUACGCUUAUCAUCGAUGGGUGCCCUGCAGUAGACGCAGACAUCUUACCGUGGUUAAGGAGCAAAGUACGCGUUGUCAGUUGCGUCUAUAUGUCGAAAAAACAUGCAAAAUGGAGACGAUGA